AUGGACCAGCCAGCCUGUCCUUCUGUCGCCGGCCCGCGGACUCGAGCCCGCCCGCCGCCGCCGCCGGAGGCGCUGCCCAUUGCGGGCUUCGACGAGGAGCUGUACGACUGCCUGGACUACUACUACCUGCGUGACUUCCCUGCCUCCGGGGCUGGCCGCAGCAAGGGCCGGACACGGCGCGAGCAGCAGCUGCGCACCAACCACCCGGUGCCCGGCGGCCACGAGCGCAAGGUGGCGCAGACGCUGAUCAACGCGCAGCGCAAGCGGCGCCAGCGCCAGCUGCAGCCACGGCCGCGCACGCGCCUCGCCUGAGAGGGAAACCCGAGAGACCUGUCAAAAGUAUUUUCCAACUGAGGUCCUCCAUGUUGGUCGACAGGACUUUUUGACAGUGUUUAAGUUCACUGCGCCAAUCUUUUCCUCACUAAUUAAUUAUUAAGUAGUUUCCAAGUGGGUAUGUCUUUUUAGGGUUUUCAAUUAAAAGAACAGCAAGAAUGCAUUUUAACUCUUCUGGGUUUUUCUCCCGCCCUACCCCCAGCCCCAGCUAUCGGGGCAGUAACUGGUUUCCAGUUCACAAGCAUUUGGGCUCUGAAGUAUAAAGAGAUCGCAAGGCUGAGGGAGCCAGUUUGUUUGCUGCUGAAGUGAUUUCGACAAAAACCUGAGAACUCAAGUUCAAUCCUCAGAAGCCACGUUUUUGAGAAACUGGCUCUAGUGGCCCAUACUUAAAAUCCCAGCAUUUGGGAGGUAGAAACAGAUUUCUGAGGCUCACUGGCCAUGCAUCAUGUGUUCCAGGCCAGUGAGAAGCACUACCUUAAAAAAA